GGGAGGCAGCUUGAAUUUGAUCGUGGCCCCCUGGAUGCUGCUUUCAAAGACUGCCGAUGGUCCAAAGAAGACAAGCUGAAUUCUGCUCUUCUCAAUUCGUUUAGCCAGCCUCCCAAGAAGAACAGAUGCUCCCUGGCUCCAGCUGGCUGCAUUUCCACAGCUGCGGAAACUGUGGUCAGGACGGGCACUGCUCUAGCGCGGGCCCAAAGCUGUGAGUGCUUCGCGUCUACGAUAAAGUCGCACGGCUGUCAAAUACCAGACUUGUAGUCUUUGAAGUCAGAAAAGAGUUGCAGGUUCACAAGCAUUUAACAGCAAGACUACCAUGUUUAAGAUACUGAAGUAACAGGGUACAAGAGAGGCGCCAUGUCGUGGACGGAUGUUGACGCGUUUUUGGUCCGCGUAAAUCGACUCCAGCCAAGCAAUGCCGCAGGAUUACUGGCGCUGUUGGAGACGUUUGUGGCCGCAAACGAGGACCCAGGCCGAAGCCCAAAUUUUAGGAACCAGAAUGCGGACUCGCUCGACCGCCUGGUGUCGCUCCUCAAGGACCCAGGCAUCGAGCAGCACCCGGGGCUGGCACUCGCAGCAUUAAAAGCGCUCAAGAUCCUCUCCCGAAAGAAGCCGAACCGGCUAGCCAUGCGAGGGGACGAGAAGCGCGGAGGGGCGAUCCAGGCCGUCAUGCGCUUUCUGCAGGCGCCUGGCAAAGUGGACAACCGCAUUGCCGCUGAGGGCGCAAACGUCAUCCUGAACGCGUGCUACGAGAGGGAGAAUGUGGAAGUCGUGCUGCAGCACCAGGGGACUGCGCCACUGGUCAACUUUUUGGGCGCUGCCGACAAGGACCUCCAGGCGAACGCGGCCGGCGCGCUGCAGAGCGUGUGCUUCCAGGCCAAGGGGCGCACGGUGGUGCGGGAAGCGGACGCCAUCCCCCCGCUCAUCUCCCUCCUGGCGUCGGACAGCCUCAAGGUUCGUACGCGAGCCGUUGGGGCCCUUCACAAUAUGAGCAGCGACGUUGACUCCAUCCGCAUCAUCCGGCGGAAGGACGGAAUUCCGCCUCUUAUCAAGCUCCUCCGAAGCCCGCAGCCCGCAAUUGCCGGCUCCGCAGCCGGGGCGUUGCAGAACGUGAGCCGGGAGGUGGCGAGCCGGCAGAAGAUCCGGGGGGACAGCGACGCAGUGCGCGCGCUCGCGGACCUGCUGGUGGAGGGCAAAGAGCUGCAGACGCAGGUUUGUGCGGCGGGCGCCCUGUUGAACAUUUUGGGGCCGGAGCUUGCCGAGAAGGACAAGGGCGGCGACGAGGCCGCUCGCAAGGGCUUUGCGCGAAUCAUAGUCAGCUGCCUGGUUAUAAGCAUGGCAUACGACAGCGUUUUCGGCGCUGGGGGUUUUGCGACCCCGGUGUCGUGACAGGUGGGCACAAAGGAAGCUGACAACGGACGCAACGGGUUGUUAUUAUCUGAGGCAAAGUGAACAUGUCAGCCGCUCUGCCUCAAGUCGACCAUAUGUAAUGUUACUCCGGCCGCCACGCAGAAACGGGCAAAACGGAGGUGAUACCUGAGUGGAAGUCGUCCAAUCACACAGGCGUGUCUGUGAAAUGAGUCAAAAAGUCGGCACUCUACACUCUUCAGUCAACGUGUAUAAUCAACGGGAAGACAGGAAGAAAGGAACAU